GGUACCUUAGCUGUGGUAGCUGUGUCAUUUGUACGUGUAGGUUUAAGAGAACUGAAACUGUGGGAACUGUCAAAUUCGGGUGGAUUUUGGAAAAAUUAGUGUCAUGGCUGGGUAAUAAUGGAACAACGGAAUGCGUUAGAAUGACUUACACGCGCAAGAAAUCGAGGAAAGGUGACAGAGAUACAGUGGAAUCCUUUUGUUGCCUUUAAAGGCGGAGGUGUAGCUCAUCUGGUUUUGAGUUGUUCGUCUGUCAAAACGGUGUUUGGAGGUUUUGUGCUCACUUGGAUUUGUGAUCGCUGGGCACGAUGGCAAGAGAACCUGUUAUUGUUAAUGUGUACGAUAUGUACUGGAUAAAUGAAUACACAUCUGCCUUUGGAAUUGGAGUUUUUCACUCUGGUGUAGAGGUGUAUGGGGUUGAGUAUGCCUAUGGAGGCCACCCUUUCCCAGUGAGUGGUGUGUUUGAGAUAGUGCCAAAAGAUGCUGAAGAUUUAGGGGACCAGUUUAAGUACAAAGAGACGAUAAAGCUGGGUACGACAGACUUUGCCCCGGAUGAAGUGAAGAAGAUUGUUGAUCAGAUGGGCAAGGAGUACAAGGGAGACCAGUACCACUUACUGAACAAGAACUGUAACCAUUUCACCUCCAGUCUCAUUCAGACAUUAUGUGGGAAGGAGUUACCUAGCUGGGUAAAUCGCCUGGCCUAUGUCAGCUCUUGUAUACCAUUCCUCGAGAAGGCCUUACCGAAGGAAUGGCUGACACCUGUAGCCCUCCAAGCUGUCAUCCAUGACCCCAGUAUAGACUCUGACGAUGAUCACCGCCCCCCUCACCUUCAUAACACUCAUCACUGACCACUCCGUCACACCUGUAGUCCCUCUAUCCAGACCACACUCAGAGACUGUGGGCAUGGCUACAGGACCAAGUUGAAACAAAAAGGCAGCUGGGAACAUUGGACAGCACGAUGUUUAGGAAUCAGGUUGUCCGGCAUAAGGUUUGCAUUUUAAACCAGCAAUAAUGUCUGAGGAUGGCUCAUUUUAUGAUGAUGAUGGUGAUUGUCAGUGAUCUUUAUAUUUUAUCAGAUCUUUAGGGUUAGUUUUAAUGUUGAAACUACGCGUGUACACAGUGUAGUGUUAACUGCUGUCUUUAUGAGCCUGAUGCAAAUUUACAAAGAACAUCAGUAUAAGGGAUAAUUCUGUCUCUUGGCCUAGCUAUCUUUAUUAUGAGUGGAAUCAUAGUGUCGGUAUAGUUUCAUCUAUUUAUCAUUAUCAAGAUUAUCUCUGGAUGUAUGAAAGUGUCCACUCGUAGAAUCGAUAAAAGCACUCUGGCAGAAGUAAAUCCUGAAACUUUGCUAAAAUAAUAUUUAAUUAUCAGUAUUGACAAAAAAAGACAAAAACAGAAGAAAAAAAAAGAAAGAACAACAAAAGAAGCAUAAAUAAUUAUACAGCUCAAUAUUUCUGUAAACAUGAUCAAAAAUUGGAAAACUGCUUACCAGUAUACUUUAUACAUUGUAACUUCUAAACUAAUCUGAUAAUACAGAGCUUUUCAUGAAUAAUUUCAAGAAUGAUUUCUUGUGACCCACUGGCUUAUCCCAAAUAAAAACUACUUGUAUCAGUUUAAAAGGGAAAAUACUGGCAUCAAGCCAAGCUGGAUACGUGGAAAGUCAUGCAGAAAACUGACACAUGGAGCAAAUGCUGUGAACUAGAGCAAACUCUGGUUUCCUUUGUGUGGUGACUUACAAGCAGAGGGGAUUCAAAGAAUAGGGUACACAUACUCAAUUUCAGCCUCCUGUGUCACUUACAUUGCAUUAGGGCAGUAGGAAUGUUGUAACUGCUUCCAUACAUUUGGGUCACAAGAACUUUGGCCUCAUGAUCUUAAUAACAAAUAGAUGGGUUUACGAUCGCGCAUUUUUUUUGUAAAAAGAAAAGGUAUCAUCAGAACUAUUUUUUCAGGACCACCCUACAAUUAAUCAUUGUGUAUUGAGUGGAGUGUAGACUUUGUACAUACAUGUACUUAGCCUGUGAAACUUCGGUUUCAUUUAUGGAUCUUAUCAUGAUACAGAUGUAUAAUAAUUACACUAUGAUAUCAAAAACCAAAUACUGUGUGAAAACAUUCCAGCUUUAUGACAUAGUUUAAAUGGGUAGUUUCCUGUCAGUUUUGUAAUCUGGGCAUUGAACCAUUUAGUCAUUAGACCAGCUUAUUCCACAGUGCCAUUUUUGACUGAAGUAAAAAUUUAAGCCUUCUUUUUUAUGUAAUAGUUUAUGAUGUUAGAAAAAAAAUUGUUUUAAUAUAACCAGGUUUUAGGAUUCCCAUUUUAGACGCCAUGGUCGUUAAAAUCAUAUUUUGAAUUUUGACUGCAACCCUUCACAACUGACUUUAUGGAUUCAGCCUGACAACUCAGCCUAAGAGGUGCCCUUAAACUUCUCAUGGGUGCUGUUGAUAUUUGUCUAUAGUUCUAUGCAUGAAUGGGCAAAAGUGAAACCCGACUGAGCUUGUUCAUAUGCACCUACAUAUAUGUGUGCUUGGAGGGACUAACCAUUCCAACAUUGCAUAUGUGCAAGGAUAAACUUCCACUUCACCUAAUAGAGCCAAGUCUAUUUAUCCUUUUUAAGAAAUUUUGAGCAAAUAAAUCUCUCUCGUAAUUCUAGUGUGAUCAGUUUCAUAAUUACAAUAUUAAGUCUCUCAAUAGACAAACUCAGGGAAUCUAUGGCGUUUAUCGGGCAUACCUACUUACAAAGUCGAUGUUUGGUUUAUGGUCUUUCACAUAUAUGCAUGUAUUUAAAUAUAGUAAAAGUAUACAUGUACAGUGCCUGCCUGACCCUGUUUGUCACAUAUAAACAUACGGAUUGAAAUCGAUAAGCUUGGGGGGCAAUUUACAUAUGCUCACAAUCUUAUAUCCUUAUCAUAUACAUGUAGGCCUAAUGGUGCCAAUAUAUAAGCAGGCAUGAAAGUUAUUACUGUAACAGUAAUUUGAUUCUGGAAAAUUAAAAAGUGUAGUGGUAUGAAUGUAGAGGACCUUGCAGUAGAAUAAAAUAUUGCCAAUUUGGGUGAAAUUAUAAAACCACAUUAAUGGAGUGCAUAGGAGGCAUGUGAGGUAUAAAUUAUGACUGCAAGGCAUUGUAUAAAUUGACAUUCUGUAAAAUGUAUUAUUAAGCCAGUGAGGAUUGCCUGACAUUGUUUUCAAAGCAAUGGUAACGUGGAUAUUGUUAAUACUGGUUAAGCUACCACACUGUCUGCUGGACACUAUACAUGCCAUAUAACACAAUGCGAGACCCAUGAGACUAUAGGGAUGUUACACACAGGGAAGUUUCGAGUCCAAACUCUUAUCGUUAUAGGUAAAAACAGUCCAACUGAAUCAUGUGACUUGUGAAAAUGGUAGGAUACCUCUGUUGACGUUAAUUUACUGAUUAACUGUCACACUGUAAUCCAGAGGCAGGAUGAAUCUUCUUUCCUAUGGGAGGUUCUCAAGUUCACAGACAUUCAGUUCCUCAGCUUUCUCCAUUGGUGGUCUACUCUAAAUUACAUUUUGUGAAACUUUUUUAGAUGCCCAUCUUAUAGUAAAUGUGAUCAAAAAUAGUUGCUUAACAUUUUGGACAGGUCACAUGGUCUACAGUAGGGGGACUUUUCUACCUUUAGUGACAUGAGUCACAUGGUAAUUCCAAUUGGAUGUAUUACUGGAGAGUUUAUGCGCUGAUAACAGUGUGAUUAUUGUGUGCCAAAAUACUGAGCUCUACUCAGGGGACUGUUAAGCCUAAUUGUUAUCCUGUUUCAAGUUAAAAUUUAUUGGAAUUAAUGAAAAGUUAAGCAGCAAAUACAUGUACUGCUAUAUACAUCACGCGUCACAGCGAUGUCUAAAUGUGGAAACGGAAUGAACAAUCUUUGGCUUUUUCUGUAUAUAGCCACAAGUCGCAUUGUAUAAGUUAACAUUCUGAAAGCGUGGAAUCUUCUAAGCUCAUAUAUAUGUUAGCUAUAAACAUACUAAUGGCAUUAAUAACAUUUAUAAGCUGUAUGAAAAUAUUUACAAAACAUUUUCAAAGAGUUAUGAACUGAGCAAUGUCCAAAUAUCAUCUUCAUGUAGACCUACAUGCACUAGUGUGUAUACCUUUGUAUUGAUCUGCUUCAA